AUGGGCCUCAACAGUCGAAGCCCCGUACCGAGGAGAACGAAAAUCUCUUUCAGAAAAUAUUUCGAUUCCGGUGAUUUUGCGCUCUCAAAGACAAAGACACCCUCCGACGCCGGUGCCGUAAUCACGGGCAGCGAGCACCCCACUCGAGAAACAGUAACACAUCCCUCAUCGCCGGUGCCGAGCUCUAGCAACGUCGGCGAUAACGCCGGUGAGCAGCUUGUGCAGUGUGGCAGCCUCUGGCUACGCUCACGCCUAAAUAACUACGUCCCCGUCGUUACCUCGAGAUACGGCCCGGUGUGGGCGCGAGGACGAUAUUACGUAGGCAAUGCACAAGCCAAGCAACACAAAGGUCAUCAAGGAAACGCCGUUUGGGCGACGACGCUGUCCAAGAGGCCCAGGCCACGCCGCGCCCUGCGAAGCGGCGUGCCUGGUCACGGCCACAAGAGCGUGGAGAAGUGA